CAGAUAUUCCAAAGUGGAUAAUGUUGGAAGUUCAGGAGGAAGGUCCGAUCUGGAGCUAGACCCCAGUCUCAGAGUCAGAGUCUUCAAAGUUCAGCCUUCAAGUUCAGGUGGGCGCAAAAAGUGUGAUUCGGGGGCACGAGGAGGCAACUGAAACCAUGGCUGCCUCUGCUGCGCUGUCAAAAGUGUCUGUCGGUUGCUUCCACAGCACAGUGUUGCCAAGACAGGAGCUUGGAGCCGGCAUUGCGCAAAAUCACUUGUGCCAUGACCGUUCGCCAAUUUUUUCACCGAGAGCAAAGGUGAACGCGCUUCUGGCGCCCCCCCACUUUGAAAGAAGCUCGUAUCUGGGAGUUGGUACUGUUGAGGAGGCUCUUCCGCUUCUGAAGCCUGUAAGGAAAAGGUGUCAACGCACUUGCCAGGCUGCUGCCCAGCCUGUGGCGCCCAGCACGCAAGACUUCAGAAACAAACAGCCCAAGGACAUCAAUGUCCUUGUGGUGGGCCCAACGGGCUACAUUGGCAAAUUUGUCACCAAGGAACUCAUCAAGCGGGGGUACAACGUGAUUGCGGUCGCGCGAGAGAAGGCGGGCAUCGGCGGCAAGCAGGGGCAGGACCAGACGAAGACGGAGUUUGCCGGGGGGGACGUGCGGUUUGGAAAUGCGACAGAGGCGGAGUCGCUGGAGAAAGCGGUGAACGGGGACCGUGUCGACGUGGUCGUGUCGUGCCUCGCCAGCCGGACGGGGGGUAAGAAGGAUUCGUGGUUGAUUGACUACCAGGCGACAAAGAACAGUUUGGACGUUGGGCGAAAGCAGGGGGCGCAACACUUUGUGCUGCUGUCGGCCAUCUGCGUCCAAAAGCCGCUGCUCGAGUUCCAGAAGGCCAAGCUGAAGCUGGAGGAAGAGCUGCAGAACACGGAGGGGCUCACGUGGAGCAUCGUGCGCCCGACCGCCUUCUUCAAGUCCCUGGGGGGGCAGGUUGAGAGCGUCAAGAGCGGGGGCCCGUAUGUGAUGUUCGGCGACGGCAAGCUGUGCGCGUGCAAGCCCAUCAGCGAAGCGGACUUGGCCUCAUACAUUGCUGACUGUGUUGUCAAGCCGGAGCUGGCGAACCGGGUCCUCCCCAUCGGCGGCCCUGGCAAGGCCCUCACUCCCGCGGAGCAGGGAGAGAUGCUCUUCCGCAUCGUGGGCCGGAAUCCAAGAUUCAUCAAGGUUCCGAUCCAGCUAAUGGACGGGAUCAUCGGGUUCUUGGAUCUGCUUUCGAAAGCUUUCCCGGCGUUGGAAGACGGUGUCGAGUUUGGAAAAAUUGGACGGUACUAUGCGGCGGAGAGUAUGCUCGUGUUGGAUUCAAAGACCGGGAAAUACGAUGAAGAUGCCACGCCCAGCUACGGAAAAGACACACUCGAGGCUUUCUUUGAGAAGUGUGUACGGGAGGGAAUGGCAGGACAGGAGCUCGGAGACCAAGCAGUGUUUUGAGCGAGGUCCUGUUUGAUGGAGACGGUAGACCGGGACACAGUUUUGACCGGGGAGGCAAUGUAAAGAUCAGUCACUCCUGGGGUGUUCGCAAAUGACAGCUGAGUUGUUCAUCCGAGAGAAUAAGUACCGAAAGAAUAAGCCGAGUGUCAAAGACAUCCGCAACGAGGGUCCGUUUGGGGACGUGGUCGCGUAUGGCUGGACACGUAGAUUGAGCAGCAGAUGUGUACGUCCUUGAUGGCCGCUAUAGCUCCGUACGUGUUGCUGAAACUGGAAUGCGUCGUGUUGCUCUAACCACUAUAGAAGAGAUAUAGCCAAUCUGCAAAUCCAAGAGUCCGGCAGUUGGUUGCUGAACUUCCAUAACGCCCACCGGAAUAAGCUAGAGUCCCGAACGGGACAUAUGUACGGACCGUUUUCAAAGAUUGGACAUUGUGCGCAAUCGACACAUCUCUGAUCCCUAUAAGUUUGUCAAUGAACAUACCCGCUUGAUUCGACC